AUGAAAUAUAAUGUAGUUGAAGAACCAAUUAAUUUUGCCCAAUUGAGAAAUUUGCUUCUCAAGAUUUUACAGUUUCUUGAAACUUCACGCGCAACACUGAAGAGUGAAAGGCAAAAAAGGCAAACAGUCUUCGAAUGUUGUAGUUGCGGCAUUGGUGAAGCUGGUCCUCCAGGAGCACCUGGUCCUGAUGGUGAUGAUGGUCGCGAUGGAAUACCUGGCAAGCCUGGUGCACCUGGUCAAGAUGCUGAAGAAGACCAACGACCAACUGACAAAGACUGGUGCUUCAAUUGUCCAGAAGGACCACCAGGCCCACGAGGUAAACCAGGACCAAAGGGACCCAGAGGAUUACCAGGAGAUAACGGACCCAAUGGACAACCCGGUGAACCAGGCGCACCAGGACCACAAGGACCGAAAGGACCAAAUGGACCUCGAGGAAAUCCAGGUCCAGCUGGUGAACCAGGGAAACCAGGAGUACAAACUGAGGUUCCUGGACCACCAGGACCAGCCGGUCCUCCUGGCCCACAAGGACCACCAGGUGAACAAGGUCCAGCUGGACGUGAUGGCAACCCAGGACGUCAAGGACCACGUGGUGCACCAGGUGCAAAUGGUAAAGAUGGCAUUCCAGGACAAGAUGGUCCAAACGGUGAGCAAGGUGAAGCUGGUCCAGAAGGACCAAAAGGUAGCUGUGAUCAUUGCCCACCACCUAGAACAGCUCCUGGAUAUUAA